UUCACAAUAUUUCCCGUUUCCGUUACUACCGCAAGAAACACUAAGUUCAAGAUGGUCGUCACUCGCAUCCUCCUCUUCUUCGUUUUCUCUUUGACGAUGACGACAGUUAUUUGCCAGACAUUCCAAUACAGCCAUGGUUGGACGAACGGGAAGAGAUCAGUAUCUUCGAUGUUAGAAGAACUCGUGAAUUCCCCUAGCAAGAAUGCAGCUCAAUUAGACAAUGUCCUUGUUAAUUGUGAGCUACAGAAGCUGAGAUUACUCCUUCAAGGAAAUAUUAACAGUCAAGUUCUGCAACAUGUCUGUGACUUCUACGAUUCCCCAAAGAGAAAUAUUCCUGAAAUCGUGGUCAACGAACACUUUCGACGACAGUCAUCUUCUACCAGCAACAAUUAUUAAAAAUAUUAAUGUUAUUUUACUCUAAAGCCUAAUGACUGUAUUCACUAAUUAAUUAUAACCAAGUAAUAAAGUAACUAUAGUAUUUA